AUGGGGGCAGCCCACGUGAAAGAAGGCCGCGGAGGAUACCGCAUCGUGCGCAUUUGUCCAGAGGGGCCCAUGUCCGAGUGCGACGUGGAGAUCUUCUUCGACUACAUUGUCCAGAUAGAAGAUGUAAAAUUGCAAGAUGCCUCCAGGAGGACAUAUGAAUCCUUUAUGCAGAAGGUGCGUGAAGGAGAAAACAAAGAGGUGUGUCUCUUAGUGUACAGCUGUCGACAUGAUAAACUGAAAGAGGUACAUGUGAGGCCAAGGAAAUGGAGAGGAAAAGGGUUAUUAGGAAUGAACAUAAGUUACGAAAAGGCAAAUACAAUGAAGGAAGGAAUUCAAAUUGUAAGAAUUGAGGAUGGUUACUUGGAUGUCAAAAAUAAAGUUACAGAAAAGGAAGACAUAAUUAUAGGACAUGAAGAGAAUAUCCUUCGGAAUUGUAAUGAGCUUUGUAAUUUUGUGGAGACCAAUAUAUCUGGAUACAAUAGAGAAAGAAAGAAAGCGCCACUGGAGCUGUCGUUUUAUGUGUAUAACAAGAAGAAGGAAAAUGUGAGGAUGGUUAAAAUGCAGGUGGACCCCACCUGGGCAAGACAUGGACUGCUCGGGUGUCAUGUGGGUGAAAUGAAUACUUCUGUUGAGGAGGAAGGGGGGAAAAAAGGAGAUGUCAUGAAGGGGGAUAACGACAAGAUGAAGCACGAAGUGAUGCAAGAGGCGACCCCAUACGGGAGGUGCACCCCUCCCGAGCGGACUAAGCACUUAGCUGAUGAACAGAUCGAAUGGAAUGCAGAGCUAGCCAUGGGAAGUAACAACAUCGAAUUGGGCCGCAAUCAAAUGAACGGAGAAGAGCUCGAGGGGGAAGACCGAGAGAGUACAAUAUAUGACAGAUUCAAUACACACUAUUUUAGGGGCGGGAGUGGUGCGGGCGCGUUUCGAAGUUCGCUCGGUAGAUCAUUGGGAAAUUGUCCAGGGGGUGCGGAGGAGCAGAAGGCGGACGGCGCGAAGAGCUACUACACUUUGAGUUCCACGAUAGAGGUUGAGGGAUGCGCGGAGGUGAACCAGGACAUGCACACGGAGGACAUACAUUCUGAUGCGUCCUCGGGAAGGGAGAAGCGGAAUGGGAAUGAGGUUAAGGAGGUUAUGCAUCACGCACAGAUGAAGAAUAUAUUGCACACUUCGUCCAUCUCUCAGGAGUGGAACCCUCCCCAGGAGAAGGAACAACUGCCCCCAGAUGAAGGAGACACCCCUGCAAGCAGGUACGAAAAGUACGUGCAGAAUAUUAAAACAUACAGCAAGGAAAUGAUAGAGGUUUAUAAAGACAUGGAUGAAAAUAGUAAACUUUUGGAGGAGCUCAAGUUAAGGACGAUGAAGAAUUUUGCUAUGGGGGAGAAGUUGGUUGGUGAAGAAAUUGAUUACCUCGAUGAAGAGGUGAGUGUUGCUGUGGAAGGAUUCUCAGGCUGGGCGCACGAGGAAGGGGACAUAAACGAGAUAACAGAAACAUGCGAAGUUGAGAUGGAUGGAAAUUUUAAAGGGGAGAGAGAUGGUAUCCUGAUGUGA